CUUCAAACACAAAAAAAGGAACAGAGACUUCAGGAUUCGACUCUCUGUCUAACUUUUCCAAAGACGAGCCUAUGCACUUCAGUAAUGAACCUGAAGUCUCAAACACAAAGGGUCAGCAGCCCAGAUGCAGCCCAGCGUCUCCAGGAUCAGAGUGUCUGUCUAUGAGGAGUGACGCUUCCAAAAAUCCCCCUAUAUCGUUUAAUAAUGAACCUGGACCCUCGGACACAAAAGAGAAGACAAAGAAUCCUGUUUCCCACUGUGGAGAAACAGCCAAGUUUGGACGACAUAUAGGUGGUCAGAGCAACACUGUGCAAACAGUUGCUGGUCUGCAGGAGCUUUUAGAUGAACAUAAGUUCAGUCUAAGGAAGAGAUGUGAAACUGUAACUGAAGGAUCUGAAGAAACAGGAAGAAGAACUCCCCUGAACAGAAUCUACAUAAACCUUUACAUCACAGAGGGACAGAGUGAAGACGUUAAUACUCAACAUGAAGUGAGGCAGCUGGAGAGAGGUUCCAAGAUGAAGACCCUCCAUGAAAUUCCAAUUAAGUGUCAUGACAUAUUUAAAGCCUUACCUGACAAAGUGAUCAAAGUGGUUCUGACCUACGGUGUUGCUGGCGUUGGAAAAACCUUCUCAGUGCAGAAGUUCACUCUGGACUGGGCAGAAGGUUUGGAAAACCAAGACAUCAGUGUGGUGAUUCUGCUUUCAUUCAGGGAGCUGAACCUGAUCAGAGAUGAGCAGUAUAGUCUCCUGGAGCUGCUCCAGGUUUUCCAUCCAACAUUACAGAAGGUCACAGCAGAGAAGCUCGCUGUCUGUAAACUUUUGUUUAUAUUUGAUGGUCUGGAUGAAAGCAGACUUUUACUGGAUUUCACUAAGAGGAGCGUCAUGUCUGAUGUCGCACAGAAGUCAACGGUCAAUGAUCUGCUGACAAACCUCAUUGAAGGCAAUCUGCUUCCUACGGCUCUCAUCUGGAUAACUUCCCGACCAGCAGCAGCCAAUCAGAUCCCCCCUACACUUGUUGACCGUGUCACCGAAGUGCGAGGUUUCACUGAUGCUCAGAAAGAGGAGUACUUUAAGAAGAGAUUCAGUAAUGAAGAGCUGUCCAGCAAAAUUAUUUCCCACAUCAAGUCAUCUAGGAGCCUCCACAUCAUGUGUGGAAUCCCAGUCUUCUCUUGGAUCACUGCUACAGUUCUGCAGCACAUGCUGACUGGAGGGCAGAGAGAAGAGCUGCCCAAGACCAUGACUGACAUGUACUCACACUUCCUGCUGGAUCAGACCAAGAGGAAGAUUCAGAAGUACCAUAAGGCUUCUACUCCUGAAGCUCUUCGGAAGCUUGGGAGGCUGGCAUUUGAACAUCUGGACAAAGGAGACAUCAUGUUCUACCAAGAAGACCUGGAGCAGUGUGGUCUGGAUGUCACAGAGGCUUCGGUGUACUCGGGACUUUGUACAGAGAUUUUCAAAAAAGAGUGUGUGAUCUUCCAGAAACCAGUCUACUGCUUUGUUCAUCUGAGCAUUCAGGAGUUUCUGGCUGCCGUUUACAUGUUCCACUGUUUCACCAGUAGACAGAGCAAGAUCCUGGAGGAUUUCCUAAUCCCUAAGUUUUCUAGGACGUCUAGGAAUUUUGGAAAUAAAACUGCCCAUGUGCUAUUUUUAGAUGACUUUCUGAGCAAAGUUAUGGAGAAAUCUCUCAAAAGUAAAAAUGGUCACCUGGACCUUUUUGUCCGCUUUCUUCAUGGCCUUUGUCUGACGUCCAACCAGAGACUUUUAAGAGACCUGCUAGGUCGGACAGAGAGUAAUCCAGAUAGCAUCCAGAAAGCCAUCAGCAACUUGAAGGAGAUAAACACCCAAAAAAUAUCCCCUGACAGAAGUCUCAACAUUUUCCACUGUCUGAUGGAGAUGAAUGACCUCUCAGUACAUCAGGAGGUCCAAGAGUUCCAGAAGUCAGGAAAGAGAUCACAGAGACUUUCUGUUAUCCACUGCUCAGCUCUGGCCUACAUUCUCCAAAUGUCAGAAGAGGUUCUGAAUGAACUGGACCUGGGUGAAUAUAACACCACACUGGAGGGCAAACAGAGACUCAUUCCAGCUGUGAGAAAUUGCAGAAAGGCUCAACUUUCUAGCUGUGAGCUCUCAGAAGCUCACUGUGAAGUUGUGGCCUCAGCUCUGAAGUCCAACCCCUCCCAUCUGACAGAGCUGAACCUGAGCUUUAACAAGCUGCAGGAUUCCGAAGUGAAGCUGCUCUCUGUCGGACUAAAGAAUCCAAAUUGCAGACUGGAGACUCUGAGACUGAAGGGUUGUAGGUUGUCAAAGGCCAGCUGUGCUUCUCUGGUCUCAGCUCUUAAGUCCAACCCCGUCUAUCUGAGAGAUUUGGACCUGAGUGCCAACACGCUGCAGGAUUCAGGAGUGAAGAACAUGUGUGGUUAUCUGGAGAGUCCAGGCUGCAGAUUGGAAGUGCUCAGAUUGAGGGGCUGCAGUGUGUCAGCGAUCAGCUGUACUUUUUUGGUCUCAGCUUUAAAGACCAACCACUCUCAUCUGAGGGAGCUCGAUCUGAGCCAAAACAACCUACGGGAUCCAGAUGUGAAGCAGCUGUUGGAUCUUAAGGAAAGUCCUGACUAUAGACUGGAGACUCUGAGGUUGGAGUGAUAAUCUGUGUAACAAUGAGAGCAAGCAGGACGACGAGUGGACGAGCUGUGAUGAUCCACUGAGGUUGGAGCAGCAGCAGGU